AUGACCGGUCCUCAGCAACAACCACACUAUCAUCAUCAUCACCAUACGCAACAAGAACAAGACAUUUAUGAAUGGAUCCGAACGCAGCUUUCGCUCUACUUUGCACUCUCCAUUCUUGCACCGCCAUCAACAGCUAAAACGGCCACAACAACUGCGGAAAAAGGAACAGAUGGUACUCCUCUUACCAUUCCAUCACAACAACAGUGGCUCCUGUGUCUUGCACACCGAUACUUUGCAUCCUCCAUUCCAGACUUAAUCAUCCGCUUACGGCACGAUAACGACAACGACAAGAACACCACUUUUGCACAGCAGCUGUUUUUCGAUCAUUGGCAAAUACCCUACACGGACGACUAUGUUUUGUUUAUCAGCGCGAUCCGUCAUCGAUUGCAGUAUAAACACCCUGACCAACAUGCUCCUAAAAGCAUCUUCGCUGUAAUAAGGAGCAUGCCGUCAUUCGUGUGCAUGCAGCUCGAUUUUAUCCACAUGAAAUUGUUUACAUCCACCCUCGUACUGCAUGAUACGACCGAUCUCGAACACCGAAUGCAGCUCAUCCAACAUCAUCAUCUCCACCAUGACGAGAGUAACGAUGCGGAUAAUGAUCAGCGAUAUCAUUCCUUGCGCUGCUGGCUAGACCGUGUUCAAUCAUGUUCCUUGCAUGGCCAAUCGAUCAUGCACGCGAUUGAAAUUGAAACCAAGGUGGAUACGGAUGAUAUCGAUGCUCUUUUGGAGCUCCAAAACAACAACAAUGAAUUUUAUCAUCAUCAUGGACUACUAUCCGACGGUUUGCGUCUCAAACUAACGCAGCCGCUCCAAGCCUUGGACCAGUACCGUUAUACCCAACAAUCCCAACGACGCGUGCGAUGGUUGGAGGAACUGAAACAGGCAUGGCUUGCAGCACACAAAUAUGCAAUCACAUCGAUGCGCCAAUACGAGGACGAGGACGCCGUUGAUAAUGUUGAGAAUGAAACUGUUGUGGAUAUCGCCGUAAGGGAUGCGACACGAACAUUUCAACGAUGGAGUGGAGCCGCCCCAGCAGCCAACGCAUCGUUGUACACCGCCAUGCAAAAACAAUACUGCGAAUUUCGCCAACGUAAACAUCAGCUGGCCGACCAACGAGAGCAUGUGAAUGCCUUUAUUCAGUACACAGAGGCGUUGGAAAAAAAAGGCGAGAGACUACUGUCGCAGAAUAGUAGUGGCGAUGAGCUGCUGCUUUCUGUAUCCGUUGUCGAAUCGUUUAAGGAUCGUGUACAUGUUGCUACAGAACGAAUUGCUGCACGAAUCCCUUAUCCAGUGCAUCAAACCCUGAAAAAUGCAGAUAUCCGGGAUUUGGUCCGGCGACGCAAGGCGUCUCUAUGGUUGCUGCAAGACAAUUUGGAGCUGACAUUACGACGGCAACAAAAAAAUCGGCAACAACAACAGCAGCAGCAGCAGCAAAAAACAAAAGACGAGGAGGAGGAUGUGUGGGUCCACAUGCGUAUUGAAGCCCUGCAGUCCUUGACUACAAGUGCUGCCAUGCCGGGUUUAACGCUGCACGAUAUCCAACAAUUGCAAAAGGAUUGCCGCGACUACCGGACGACAUCUAAGAAAAAGCGAACCAAUGCCAAGCUUGAUGCACUGCUCACGCAACUAAAGAAUGACCUCGAUGCGUAUGAGCAACAAGUGCAAACACGUGAUGCAUUCGAAAAGCUGUCCACAGCAAUUCAAGAAAAGACGCUCUGCAUCUGGUCCACAUUGAUGCCGAUCGAAGAAGGCAUAUUCGAUGCAGAAGAUACACCUUGUGUUUUGGCUGAUACGUCAAUUGCGGCGGAUGUUUUGGAACAACACCACGAUCCACGAAUCCAACGGCAAUAUCAAGACUUUGUAGCGCUUGUUGAAUAUGGCAAUGCACUGCUGACUCAGCGCAACGCCCAUCAGUUGUACCAAUCACGCGUCAAGGAACUGCAAACACAAGGCAUGCGUUACCGCAAGGAGCUCGAAUUAGCAUGGAACGAGAUUGUAACGUCCUUUGACCGCCAUCAAGAACUGCCCCUGUCCGCGUACGAUGAUUUUGUCAACGUCACAAGCAAGCUUUUGACCAGCGUAGAGCAGUAUGAAUUCGUACGUCCCAGCGAAAACGUCUAUGCCAAUCGACCUGCGCCGUACGCCCAACAAAGCAUAUUUUUGGCGUGGCUAUCCGGCGAAUGCAACGCUUUGGUCGAAAUUAAUAGCACGGUCUCAAUGCUUGUCCAAAAAUAUCGAUUGGCGCUUGAGCUUAAACGCGAUAUGGACGCAUGUCUGGCAAACAUUGCUGGCGAUGUUGUUGCCGCGUCGUUUGAUGACGACGACCACCAAUACAAAAGCGCAAAGAACCGAGUACAAAACAUCAGGGCGCAAAUCCUGGAUACACGGUGCUGUGAUCAUCAUUCCAUGGUCGAUUCCUGGGACAAAUUAGCGUCGGAUGCUCUGGCGCAACUUGCAGUGCGGAUCCAGCAACACAAACAAACACAACAACAAUGCAUGUUGGAUGCUGCAGCCGACGGCGCAUAUGCACGCUGGCAAGACACGCUUGCUCAUUUCGAUGCAGCAGCAACUGGUUGGCAAAGCCAAUCCAGUCUCGGAUCCCUAAUGGCACACUUGGACGCAUUGCACCAGUCCACCAAAGAAGCGUUUGAGGAGAUGCAACAAGCAUCUGUUUCUGCAGGAUCCAGGAAAAGUCACCUCAAUACUAAGAAAGAUCUAGAGCGACAAAAACACGUUGCCGACAUUGUGAAUGCCGUACACGCUGAACAGCAGUAUCGCAUCGUGAUGGCUGGCUAUGUCGAGCGACAGACCGCGUGGCAGACGCACAUGGAUGGGGCGCUCCGAUUGUGUGACGAACAAGAAGCCGAAUUGGUCACGUUGAUUCACGACAGCAGAAUGUUGGUUACACAGCAUGAAAACAAGGAGAACAACAACCACAACAGCAACGCGUUGCCGCCGCCAUCAUCGCCAUCAUCGCCACUACCAUCACCUCAGCUUCCGAAUAUCCGGGCGCUGCAGCUCUAUGUCGACCAGCAUCGCUUGCAUCACCACGUUGAAUUCGACCAGACCCUGGCUGCCCAAAUGUCGCUGGAUGAACGAAUUCAAGAAUUACGCGAUACCACAUUGUUUGCAAGAAAUGUCGAGAUUCAAUGCAACAAGAUUCGACAGUUGAUGGACGAGCUUCUUGGUCUCCAUGGCAAUGACAACGACAUCAACAUGGAUUUGAUUGCCAUGGCAAAGCGUAUACAGGACCCAGAGCUCUAUUAUCCCGUCCGCGGCCAAGAUGACGUCGACUUCGACAAGAUGGUGCGGCACAAGCUCGAAUCACUCUUAGAAAAUGCUGUGCAGCGACAGCGUGCCCAUACAGACAUGUGCAAGGAGCGCGAAAAACAGGACCAGUGCAAUGCGAUUGUCUGUCAAUUGCACGCCAAGGCGGAUGCGCUCGUGUAUUCGCAAGAAGCAGUGGAUGCUUUGACCACGUCUGCUCAAAAUGGAAUCGUUCGUAUCAACCAAUUGCGAGGCAAUGACACAAGCAACAACGAGUACGAGCAAGCCAUUGAAUCCGUACUUGCGACCGUGCGUCAAACUUGGGAGCAAAAGACAGCUGAAGCCGAGCAAGUCAAGAAGCAGCAGCAGGAUCAGAAGGCCAUGGAUGCGUAUCGUCAGCUGUACGAUUGGCUCGCGGAACAACACAAUGCCAUCCAAAUCCUCAACGUGGACGACGGAUCGGUUCUACAGUGCUCUCAACAGCACCGCGAAAAGUUACAAUCGCUUCAGCGCAAGGGUAUUGAUCAGCUGUUUAUGCGGUGGCACAACGAAAAGCGACGGCUCAAUACAUACAGCGACACGAUGCAAGCUCUGUAUGAACGCGCCAAGGCUGACAACGAUGAUCUGAUUUCGGCCUUGGAUUAUGUCGAGGACCUGUUUGGCAAGAAACAACUGGAGAAUUCGACACAAGCAUUCGUAGAUGGGCUGUUGUCGGCCAUGCGGGUGACGACAGCAUGGGGGCAGCAAAAGCGAGAGUGUCAAAUUCUUCAAGACACACAGCGUCAGGAUGUGGAUGCUUUCCAAAACAAGGCUAUCAAGGCGAUGGAUCUGUUUAACGCUUACAUUCAAGCAUAUCCAGAUCACCGCAAUCUGCAUCAGCAGUACCAACAAACUGAAUCUGUGCUCAAGGAGGCUGUGCGUGCAGCCAAUUUAGCCAAGCCAUACUGUGAUAUCCACAUGGAGCUUCAGGGGAUUGAAGAUUCGUUGUACACCCUAUCCGUAACAGUGCUUGACACGAUGCUCAAUCAUGUGGCGGAUCGAAUCAUGGCCUAUCCAGAUGACUGCAAUCGGCAACAUGCUCUCGCACGCCAUGGCGAACUCAGAGAAACAGUGGCCGCAGCCAAGGCAAAAGCAGAAGAAGAGAGGCAACGAGCAGAAGAGAUGGAGGCGCAAAAAGAAGCUGAGCGACGACGACUGUCUAUUGAGCAAGCGGUUAAGGCUGCGCAUGACGAUACGCUUGCUGUGGGUGCCAUCGUUGACGACAAGGAUGCAUCGGUGAUCCAAGAGUUUUACCUCCGCAGCAUCUCAGCGCUCUCGGUUCAUCAAGCACGACGCGACAAAUGGCAAGAUCCCAAGCUGAAUGAGACUGUGCAAAUCGUGGAGGCAGCGUAUGAUUGUCUACAGCAAGUCGCCCAGCACGCGAUGCAAGCACAUGAGAUUUCAUCAUGGAUCAAGACAUGGGAAGGUCAAGAUGUAUCGGCGAUGGCAUCCACGGUUGAAGCAUUCCUUCAAAAGGACGAUGGAUGGGUUGACAACGCCCCAUCACUGAUCAAGGCAAACGUUGAACGAGCGACGCGGCAUCGACGAUCGAGUGUCGAAGAAGCAUGGUACGGUUUAUGCGAGCAGAUGAAGCAGGCAGAAACCAUGGCUUCCGAGCGAUUAAAAGAACAGCAUGAACAGGAACAACUAGCUACGGUAGAACGAUUGAUCAAGCGCGCUCGGGCACAGCUGGGCUAUUGCCGGUGGGAUGUGGACAAGCGGGACCUUGGAUCGAUGCCACGAGAGCCCGAAGCACUUGCGAUAGAGCGCCGUAUCACUGAUUUGGCAGCUACUACUGCGACAUUGAUGCGAGAACACUAUCCAGCGAUCACAACUGACGAAAACGCGGCCUAUAGGGCGAUGGUCAAUGCCGAUGUUAAUCAAUUCUUUGACUCGGUUCAAGAUACCCAGUGCAAGAUUGCACAAGCGCUAGCCAUCAGUGAAUAUUUAAUGAUUUCAGACGAUACCCACAUGAUGAUUAGCAUAUUCGAAGAAUCACUGCCGAGUACGCCACGUAACAUGAGCAAGCAGGACUUGCAAGCCAUCGAAGCACAGCAAAAGUAUUAUGACGAACAUAUUGGGCACAAGCUCGACACUGCACAAGCAAUUGCCGAGGAUAAUUUCAUGUUGACCAAGCCAUACAGGCAAUUGUGCGACCGCUGGGCAUCUGUCCAACGCCGUGUUCAGUCUUUGUUGCGACGACGGGCGACACGUGGUCGACUUACUUCAUUACCUACACUUCUUGCAUCUACUACUUCUACAACUACUACUAAUUUUACUCCUAAUACUGCAUCAUCCCCUUCAUGUUCAUCUUCAUCAUCCAACAACAGCAACGCUCCAUCACCCUUGGCAUCAGCAUCUUCACCACUCAGUCCCCGACCCAACAUGAAUAACAGCAUGACCAGCAACAACAACAACAACAACAACAACAGGCGAAAACGGCUGUACGAACCAGAUCCAGAAAACCAACUUGACGUCGAAAUUGGCAGAAUCGUGAAUCAAGCACCGUAUCCAGUCAAGGUCGAGAUGGUGCCUGGCAAAGUGGGUCGAUACUGGUUUGGAACAAGGCUGGUGUACUGCCGAAUCCUCAAGAGCAGGAUGGUCAUGGUGCGAGUAGGUGGCGGCUGGACCGAGCUAUCGCAAUUCAUGCGUGACCAUGCGAUGCUACACGACACGACGGCGAGCGAAAUGCAUGUUGUCAGUGACGAACAAGGCUUUAUUCAAAUGAGCACCGCACGCAGACCCAGUCUUCCUCCUCCGCUUUACAACAGUUUAUCGUCGUCGACCAUUUCGUCGAGCUCGAGCAAGUCGUCGGGUUACUACAUGGACGGGGACCGGUACAUGGCUGUUGAUCACCAUGGCAACUACCAUGCAUUGAAAAUGACCAAGGUCGACCACCCAUUGUUGAGCAGUAGUGGGAGUCGCAGUAUUCUAAUUAAAUGA